AUGACUGAAACCAGCGAUGUUACCAACAGCCAGCUGUUAGAACUCAUGCAAGCCAUGAGAGAAGAUAUGUCAAGAAACAAACAGCAAACGGAUGCGCGAUUAGAAUCAAUGUCGAGCGACAACGCAGCACUCCGUGAGGAAGUGUCACAGCUGAGAAGUCAGAGUGCUUCUCAGGUCAAUGAUCCUACUUCAGUUCAAAUACCACCUUUUCCCCGUCUAGAACAAACACCACCACCUAGUGACCCUUUACCUUAUCCUUUGAGUGCUCAGUUUGUUCCCAGCACCACCCCUGGCGGGUAUGAUGUUUCCACCUCGAGGGGUAAAUACCCUAUGACGGAAGAAACUCCGCAGAAUGUCUAUAGGGAUGCUACAGUAGACCUGACUGCUUCUCCGGGGAGUAAGCACCCACGGCCACCACGUUUCCCUGCUGCACCUUUCGCAGGGCCCACUAUAGCUUCAGUCGCUCAAGCGGCGAUGGCCAAGCAGAUUCUCGAAUUGCGGGGAGACAUAGAUAAAUUGACCAAAGCACCUCCUGCUUCGGCUAAAAUUAACGCCAACUGCUAUAUGGGGUCGCCAUUUGUAGAGAGUAUAUACCAGACAGAUCUGCCUCACAGGUUCAGCGUCCCCAACAUGAAGUUAUACAAUGGGACUGACGACCCCGAGGAUCAUGUAGCCCAUUAUAAAUUGAAGAUGGGAGCUAUCGCCAUACCAUAUGGCAUGCACGAGACAUGUAUGUGCAAAGGGUUCGGGUCUACUCUUACUGGUCCUGCUCUUCGUUGGUAUAUAAAUUUACCUAACGGCAGCAUUGCUUCUUUCGAAAAGCUAGUGGAGACGUUUAUGGUGCAGUUCUCCAGCAGCCGUAAAAUUCAUAAGUGUUCGGAUGACCUGUAUCGAUUGCCGCAGCGUGUGGGGGAGUCCCUCCGUGAUUUCCUCUCCCGGUUCAACACGGAGAAGGUGUCGAUACCUUGUUGCGAUCCGGGGACCGCAAUUCAAGCGCUCCGAAGUUGCUUGCUUCCCGAUGGGGAAUUCUAUGAGGAGCUCACGAAGUGUGAUGUUAAGAGCUAUGAAGAAGCUCUAAUUAAAGCUACCGUGUUUGUUCGGUGGGAGGAAGAUGCCAGGAGAAAGCCAUCCAACCUUCCUAAGCAAGAGAAACGAGAGGACAAGCGUCCUCGGAAAGAAUCGCCUGCCAUUGGCGAACCUAGUAGUAACUGGCGCUCUCGCAGGUCCGGAGCAUCAGAUUAUGCAAAAAACUGUCCAGAGUAUCCUCUGAAAAUACAUCAAGUCGAGGCUGUACAAAUCUUGAGGAAGAUGGGUAGCGAUGUGAAAUGGCCUCCCAAGAAGGAAUCUGAAGGGUGGAAAGACCCUAAAAAGUGGUAUGAGGUGGAUUACUUGCUGAAAAAAGGGCAUCUCAGAGAGUUGUUAUCUGAGCGUGCUAAGGCUAUCUGGGAAAAGAGGAAAGUUGGCGACCCAGAGGCAUUACCACCGCCACCGCCAGUUACCGCUACUUAUUGCGUAAUUUCCGGAGGAUCCGAGAUUAGCGGGCUGUCCCAUACUUCUGCCAAGAAACACGAGAAGGAAGCAGCAAACCCAGCUGCUAAACUGGCUCGAUCAGUGGGAACUUUCACUAACCAAGUGAUGGCCUUUACCGACGAUGAAGCUACCCAACUGCUACAUCCGCAUCACGAUGCUCUGGUGCUCACACUUCAGGUUGCGAACAUUAACUUGAAGCGAAUCCUAGUUGACAACGGGAGUUCGGCCAACGUAUUGUUCUUGGCCGCCUAUAGAGGAAUGGGUCUAGAUGAGACUCUAAUAUUGCGGAAGUCCACAACACUCAUCGGGUUCAACGGUGAGGUAAGUCAUUCGCUGGAAGAAGUGGUGUUACCCAUUUAUGCCCCAGGGUUGAACAAGCAGACUCGGUUCUCCGUUGUAGACUCACCCUCUACUUACAAUGCUAUUUUGGGACGACCUUGGUUGCAUGCAAUACGGGCCGUACCCUCCACAUAUCAUCAAAUCCUGCGCUAUCCCACUAGUAAUGGCGUUAGGGAAAUCCUGGGAGAUCAACACUCUUCUAGGAGUUGUUACAGGACCACCAUGAGGAGUAAGGGUGAAUCCUCUUAG